AUGUUGAUAGGUGAGAAGAUAAAUAACUUCUUAACCUCCAAGUCUGUAGAGGGUAAGUCCUUGCCUCUUCGGGGAGUAGACGACGUCCAUGGCCGUGACGGUCUUCUUCUAGUCAUGCUCGCAGUAGGUGACGGCAUCACGGAUGACAUUCUCAAAGAAAACCUUGAGGACACCAUGGCUCUCCUCGUAGAUGAGACCACUUUGGAGGACAGAAGGAAUAGGGAGAUGGAGGGGAAGUCCCUGCCUCUUCAGGGCCUAGAGGACGUCCAUGGAGGAGACGGUCUUCCUCUUGUCACGCUCGCAGUAGGUGACAGCAUCACGGAUGACAUUCUCGAGGAAAACCUUGAGGACACCACUUGUCUCCUCGUAAAUGAGACCACUCAUGUGCUUAACACCACCAUGGCAAGCAAGAUAACGGAUGGCUGGCUUGGCAAGAGCGUUAUGUAUCCGCGUCAUGCUUAUGAGGCGCCAAAUCAAACAGAAUUUGACCGUACUGAUUUCCAACUGUCUUCUAAGACUACUUGGCAGGUCAUGAGAACUUGCCCGAUGGCAGGAAGAUAUAUUUCUUUCAAUAAGAUUUACAGAUGUCAUCAUGGCCAGCAAAGGAAAGCUAAAGAAGGAACAUCUCAACACAGCAAGGACACAGGUUGCUAUGCCAAACUCACCAUCUCCAUCAGGAGGGUAGAGGCAUCAAGUGGGAGGAAAAGCAGAAACUCAGAUCUCCAUUUGGAAACACACCGAACACUUGUCAACCUCAGGUGGGUGCACAAUCAUGCCAUCUCCAUCCCUGCAGCACUCAAAUUCAGGGAUGUGAGCUCUGAGACCUGCGAGAAGCUUGAAGAGUUUUACAGGAGUGGGCAUUCUCCAGCCAGUGCUCUCAAUCUGCUGGAGUUAGAGCUGCAGGAUCAAUCUCCAGAAGAGCAUGUCCUGAAAUCUGCAGACCUGUCUCUCUGCCCGGAUUUGAAGUUUUGUUAUAGGUCAGUAACUUCAUUCAUUCUGUCAGUCAUUUACCUAUUUUAGUCUCCUGUUUUGGGUAGGAUUGCAUUCUGUUGGGCAAGUGAUGAAAACAAAAUUUGUAGAGGCCUGCCUAUUGCAACCCUAACCCCAACCCUAUAUCUUAGACAAAAUAAAGCCUGGAGCAAUAGUCACCGGGCAAAUGUCAUGUCACCUUAUCACCCAGACAGACUGCCAUCAAUGGCAAAGGCACUGGAGGAAACCAUUAAAUAGGUCUGGGAGAAAGAAAUCUCUGUGGAAUACUGUCCGUCUCUCAUCUGCAUCAUGCCACGUGACAUUCAGGAGAUCAUCAGAAACAUAGAAGGACGCACUAAAUACAUGACUAUUAACGUUUCAAGUCAUGGAAACAACGUCAGUGUGAUUCAAAGAUUAAGCAUAGGAAAUAAAAAUCUGUCUGCGAGAUAAAACAUGUUUAACUCUCUAAAUUUAGUUAUUGCAUUUUGGAGGGGUGGGUUUAAACUUUUGCAUAUGAUGGUAAUUGACAAUUUGACGGAUAAAGAUAGAGCAGAAGAAAAAAAGUGAAAGAACAAUGUGCAGGAAUUAUUUAAAGCGAGGAAGCGACUCUAUUUCUCAUGAUCAGCCAGGACAGGGCGUAAUAACAUCAGUAAUUUGGCUUCAUUUUACGAUAAGCAUCAUGCAACUUCACCACAAACAACUCAUGUUGUUUGUUGUUUUUGUCUGAAUCUUGCCUAAUGUUCCUUUGUGGCAAAUCUCUUUAGAUUUCGCUGUGAAUCCUUGUAUAAAUUUAAAAAAAAUAACUUUCUAUUUAAUCUUCAGACCUAGAAAUCAUAUUUUAUUGAGAAAAAUUGUUCAAUCAUAUUGUCACUAAAAUUGUAUAAAAUAAAACAAAAUUGUACUUGGCUGGAGUGUAACAAUCAUGCCAGGUUGCCCGAGAGCGAUAUUACGUUGAAUUAACGGCUCUGUAAUCCAACAAUAUCUCAGCAUGAUCAUAAUGUCAACAGGAAGGGUAACAAAAAUUACCAAAAUUUUGCCGAGAGAAGUCAGUCAAAGAAAAUGACUGUUAAGAUGGGGCCCUAUGACGAUCACUGUAUGAUUUUACUUGGAAGUAAAUAAAAUUAAUUGAAUAAUCAAAAUGAUUCCUUUAUCAUUACACAAAUAACCCAAAUUAGCAAGUCUACUAACAUAUUAACUAGAAAAUGGAAAUAUAUGCCUCCGACAUUGCCAGACCAGGAAUAUAUUCCCAUCUAACUUUUCUACAAUUUUGAAUAAUGAAAUUUUCCUCCAUUGCCAUAAUAUAUUGCACAAUUGAUUCAAGAAUAUCAGCGCAACAAAAAAUGAGAAUGUUUAGUCUAUAUUCUGUAGAAUGAAGGGUUCUUAUUCACGCAAUACAAUUAUUCAUAAACAGCUGACUGCGAAUGCCAUUGAAAUAUAUGGAAUGAAGCAACGCAAGCACCAAAUUGUACUAAACUUACAAAAUAUACACAUACGUUAUCUUUCAUAUUGCAAUUAUAAAUCUUGAAAAACGUUAUUUCUUUUUCACACCAUGCACUAUAAUUGCAUUCAUAAAUAUUUGACUGCACAGGCCAAUC